AUGACCACGGCAGGCGUGUUUGUGCUCCUCUCCUUUGUGCUGUGCUGCUUCCCAGAUGCUGCCUUUGGGGUUGAGGUGGACUGUAGUAAGUAUCCCAACGCUACAAAUGAGGAAGGCAAAGAGGUGUUGGUCUGUGCCGAGGCCGGCAGCCCCAUCUGCGGUGCCGAUGGAGUCACCUACAGCCACGAGUGCCAGCUCUGUGCCUACAACACAGAAUAUGGAACCAAUAUCAGCAAAGACCACGAUGGAGAAUGCAAGGAAGUUGUCCCUGUGGACUGCAGUAGAUAUCCCAACACAACAAACGAGGAAGGCAAAGUGGUGCUGCUCUGCAACACAGAGCUCAAGCCUGUCUGCGGUACCGAUGGGGUCACCUAUGACAACGAGUGCCAGCUCUGUGCCCGUGACCUAGAGCCUGAAACCAGUGUCGACAAGAAGUAUGAUGGUGAAUGUAAGAAGGAAAUCGCUACAGUUGACUGCAGUGACCACCCUAAACCUGCCUGCACUGCUGAGUAUAGGCCUCUCUGUGGCUCUGACAGCAAAACAUACAGUAACAAGUGUGACUUCUGCAAAGCAGUUGUAGACAGCAAUGGGACUCUCACUUUAAGUCAUUUUGGAAAAUGCUGAAUAUCAGUUCUGAGAGAAUUCACCACAGGAUCCCCACCGGCAAAUCCCAGCCGAAGAUCUCACCUCAGUUCAUCUCGCCCUCUGGGGAGCUCAGCUCACUCCUGAUUUUCUUUCUCAAUAAACUGCAUCAGCAACA